AAUCUCGAGGAAAAAUAUUUUUAUUAUUAAUAUUUAAUAUUUUCACGACGAAGAAAGCUUGCUUGAUGCUUCCCCUGCUCUCUUAUAAAAUCGUCAGAUCCCUUUUCCCUCUCUCUACUUUGACUGUGGCUUUGCGUGUAGCAUCUUCUGCCGGGUUUCAUCCCUUCUUUCGUCUCUCCUCCCUCCUGCAUCCUGCUUCCUCGAGUAUCGCUUUCUGAUCUCAGAGUCGUUCCUCUUCUUUUGGGUUAAACAAGGAAAACAUAGCCCUUUGCUUUCAUAGUUCACUCGGAAAACGGUUUUCUUCCACUGGAAGUUCAGAAAGUGGUACUAGGACGAAGAGGAGAGACUGUCGUGGCUACUUCUGUUUAUCAGAGUGGGAGAGCAGCAUGCGGUGGUUGAGUCUGUCCAUCGAUGUUUUCCGAAAAGUUGUCUCAUUGAAUCUGUAUUGUAGAGUUAUUCUGUAAUCGCACGUCUAACUGAAGCCCAAUUUUACUUUCUUUGCCUUCCUUUUGCUCUGUCCAUGGGAUCCAACCUCUUUGUUGUUCUUCCUUGCUACGUUCGUAAGAUCAGCUAAGCAAGUUUGCUGGAAGAAAUCCAAAUCGAACCUUUUGCAUAAGCUUUUAUGCCAACUUAACCUUCUUUUCUUCUAAGUUUUGUCUGAUAAUCUGGUUUUCCAUCUCGUUUUGUUUCUCUAUCUGUUGCUUUGUUUCUCUGGGGUCUUCUCUAUCUAAUAUUGGGGUAGAUUGAGGGUUUCUUAAGGGUCGAGAGAAGUUAUGGUGUGCCAAGCAGCAAGCCAAACACGAUUCCGAGCGUUGAAACAUGAGAAUGGAAUUGCAGGGAACGCGACCAUUAUCGUUAGAGUCAUAGCGUGCUUUCAACCUUUGCAAGAUUGCCAGGCCGAGUACUUCCGUCAUUUGCUUAAACCCGUCACGUAGAUUGGCUGAACGUUUGCUUUCUUUAGAGUUAAUUUUGAGUUUGGUAGUUAUUUUCUUUGAUCCUGAAAGACGCAAUUAAUCAAAGUUGCUGAUACCAAAGUCAUCUGUCUUGUGGUGAUUGCUUGUUUGAUGGGAAAGGAUUCUGGUUCUUGGUUUGAUCAGCAGCCUUCUGCUUGGCAAUCACCUAACUUGAAUUGCUCAGGCAUUCCACUGGAUCCUGGGCGACAGGACCCUUUCUCUGCUUAUGCAAAUCCUUACACAUACAUUGUCUCUACAAAUGGAACUUUGCCAGGGCUUGGAGUUUCUGAAUUACCUCAUUUAAAGACGGCCCAGCCAAUUGUCCGUCAUGGGUGGUUUUAUUGUUUACCACGCUAUCGCCAGUCCUUGGCUCUAAGCCCUAAUUAUGUUCCUAAAGAGAAGAUUUCUUCUUAUCCUAAUGAUGGAUGCGGUGGCGAGGCUGCACCCAAUGGCACAACUGGGUCUGUUCAGAAGAGGUUCCUUGUUUUCGAUCAGUCUCCCAAUCAAACAAGCUUGAUUUUUAGUUCCGUGGUUGGCCCUUCUGUUGACCGCCCAAAUUCUAUGAAUCCCAAACCUUUUGAUGGUCAUAAUAUACAUGGAUUAACAACGGAAAGAGAUCUAAUUUGUUAUGCUGAUCCUAUCGUCUCCAAUGGAUUGGAAUUGGAUGACAAUCACGAGAGUCGCGACAGAAGUGAGAUGCAUGAAGAUACAGAGGAACUUGAUGCAUUGUUGAAUUCAGAUGAUGAGUGUGAAGAUGAUGAUGAAGAGACGAGCACAGGCCAUUCCCCAAGUGACAUGACAGUGUAUGAGAAGCCAGGCCAAACGGAAGAAAUGAUAGAGGAAGUUGCUAGUUCUGGUGGCCCAGCCAAACGGAGGAAGCUACUUGAAGGAGAGUAUGAUGUUGCAUCAUUCAUAGACACUGCUAGUUCUGCAAAACCCAUUGGAUCAUUGGAGUAUGAAGAUGAUGCAGAAUCAAGCUGUGUGAAAGGCACAACCGGUGAUAGCCAUACUAUGGUGGGGAACAAGCGGUUGAGGAGGGAGAAGAUAAGGGAGACAGUUAGCCUUCUGCAGAGCAUAAUUCCAGGUGGGAAGGGCAAGGAUGCGAUGUUGGUCAUUGAUGAAGCAAUCCGAUACUUGAGAUCCCUGAAACUCAAAGCUCAAUCUUUGGGGACUAAUAUUUUCAAGUAGAAAACUUACUGGUGGCGGAUUGCUGUAGAUGAUGGGAGUGGACGGGAUGCACAAGGUUGUGGAUGGAAGAUUGCUGUAGAUGAUGGGAGAGGGCGGGAUGUAGGAAUUCUCUUGAUAGGUGGUGGUUUAGGAAUUCACAACAUGAAGAGUGGAGAGAGAUGGGCUUCAGUAAUUUCCAUCUUGGAAUUGUAAGCCUAUUUCCCACUAUCUUCAUUAGCUCAUUAUCAGUAGAAAGAUGAUGGGCCAAUAAAAGGGGGAUUUGAUUCAGGUGAGUAAGAAAAAGGAAAAAAACAGGGUUUUGUUGUUGACCGAAAAAGUGAUUAUUUUUAUGUGUAUGUUUGCAUGUUUUCAGGGGGGGAGUAGUGGUGGUGUUGGGGCGGAGCGGGUGAAGGAAUGUUGUCGGCGAUGCAGGAGAAGGUGUAGGGUGGAGGCGUAGGCCGUAGGGAUUGGGGGUGGCCCGUGGCCGGUGGGGAACCUGGCAUCAGAUACGAAUGCAUGCGCGUAGUUGGUGGGCGGGGACUGGAUCCCAUUUCGCUAGUGUCACUCUAUUUUUUUGUUGUUCCGGUUGUCUCGAUCACGUUGAAUUGUUGGGAAGAAAGAUUAGAUGAGAUAUCCUUUUGUCGAAAACUACGUUGGUGUAAAAAAAGAAGAGCAAUAAAGCAGAAAAGAAGAGCCUUUUUCCGUGGGUGUGAAGACACGCGCGCGCGCGAGAGAGAGAGAGUAUGGAGUCUCAAAUUGUAUCAUGAGAAUGGGCGCGGGACCCACCACCGACCUGUAAAUGGUGUCGUCCAUUGAUGAGCACAUCUGUAUCAAUGGAUAUUAGGUUGAUUCACGUGUGGACCAUGAAGUGAAAGCUUCACUUGUAGCAACUGUAGUCUGUUACUUCACAUCGCAUUUUUCAAAAGCUCUUUUGCUUUGAUCUAAUGGGAUAGGAGUAGGACAUAGGAGGCAGGGGCUGGUUUGAAUUAUUAUUAUUAUUCCAAAAUCCCAAAGUGUUGCUAAAAAUGUUGGUUCUGUAAGGAAUAAUAAUAAGCAUGUCAUAUUUGUGGACGGA